AUGAACAAAACCUGGAGGAAAAAGCAGAAGAUGAAGAAGCGUGAGAAUGGAAGAAAUUCAGCAUCAAUGCGAGUUGAGACAAGAGCUGGGAGGAGGUUUAGGGAAACUCAGUCAGAGAUUGCUGAUUAUGGGUAUGGAAGGAGAUCUUGUGAUACUGAUCCUAGGUUCUCACUUGAUGCUGGUAGAAUGUCACUUGAUGCGGGCCGAAUGUCACUUGAUGCGGGUAGAAUGUCGCUGGAUGCUGGGAGGAUGUCUCUAGAUGCUGGUCGAAUGUCAUUUGAUGAUCCUCGACACUCUUGGGAUGAACCCAGAGCUUCCUGGGAUGGAUAUCUCAUGGGGAGAAUGUUUCCGAGGAUUCCGCCUAUGGUUUCAGUUACUGAAGAUGCUCCUGCACCUGUUCAUCGCAUAGAUAAUCAAAUUCCUGUGGAAGAACCCUUCACUGACGACAUUACAAUGGCAUAUCCUGGAGGAUCAUUUCAGACGAAAGAUUAUUAUGCCGAUUCCUUGAAAAGAAAGAGUCUCGAUCGUUCCAACUCUGUUAGAAAAAUGGUAGCAGAGGUUGAUGAAAUGAAGUUUGUUUCGAAUUCUAAGGUCUCUCCUGCUAAUAUUGAUUAUUUCAAUGUAACCAAGUUGGACAGGGAUUCGAGGGAGUCUACUUCGAACUCUCUUAGAGAUGAUAGGUCUGAGAGCUUUGACUCAUCAUUCAGAGAUAUUGCUGGAGAUCAUCGAAAAGGGGGGAAGAAGUCUCGUCGGUGGAGCAAGGCUUGGAGCAUUUGGGGGUUUAUACAUAGAAAAGGGGGUAACAAAGAUGAAGAAGAGAGAUACUGUAGAGGGAAUGUGGUCGACCGCUCGUUUUCAGAAUCUUGGCCUGAGCUGAGGAGGGACAUAAAUGAAGAAGCCAGAAUGGGUUAUAACAGGAAUUCCUUCCGUAGUAAUAGCAGUGUGAGCUGGAGGCAUUCGUCAUCUAACAAUGGUGGUCUGUUUGGGAGUAGAAGGAAGAGUAGUGCCGAGACCAAUGGGCAUAGUAAAAAGAGAAAAGAAGAGUUCAUGUUAGAACGAAAUCGGAGUGCCAGAUAUUCUCCAAGCAAUGUUGAUAACGGACUCUUAAGGUUCUACUUAACUCCAUUGAGGGGAAGCAGGAGGAAUGGCUCAGUGAAGAGCAAGCCAAAUAAUUCACAUUCUAUUGCGAAGAGUGUUCUUAGGCUGUACUGAGGAAGAACCUGGUUUCCAUUCUUACUUGUUUAAUUUGUUGUUGUCGGUAAGAUAAAAGUACAUCAUUUUUAGGGCCUAUGUGAUGUUGUUGCAUCUUUCAUUAAUUCUCCAAGUAAUAAUAACAUCAGAAUUUCCC